AUGUGCACGGCCUCGUCGACCAUUCAUCUGGCCCAGCGUGAGAAGAAUCAUGCAGGAGCAAGGUAUGAAGGUGAAGUUUCGAUUUCUUCUGGUCAGCGAGAAGGUCGAGGGACGUAUUUCUACACCAACCCGUACUUUGUUUAUGAAGGUGAAUGGCUCGAUGGCAAGAAGCAUGGUCAGGGUCGACUGACCUUCGGAGAGGACGGCUUCUACGAAGGUUGCUUCGAGGCCGGAGAGAUAUCUGGUUCUGGUCGUCACGAGCUCCACGGCAACGUCUAUGUCGGGGACUUCUUGGCAGGCCAGAAGCACGGCCAGGGUGUGCUGAACAAGACCGACGGCACCCAGUACACUGGCAGCUGGGCCCAUGGUCUCUAUUCCGGCGAGGGCACCUUGUGCUUGCCUAGUGGAGACAGGUAUGUUGGUGGCUUCAGAGCACACAAGUUCCACGGACGUGGGGUUCAUGACCAGCCGAGCAAGGCCAUGCACUACGAGGGCUAUUUCGAAGUUGGCCUUCGCCACGGUUAUGGGGAGCUCCAGGAGAGGGACGGAGCCUCCACUUACGUCGGAGAUUUCCAGGCUGGUCGGCGGCACGGUGUGGGCAAGGCCGGUGAUCAGGUCAGCGGAAUCUCCUACGAGGGUCCAUGGGUGGAGGACCAGCCCGAGUGUCCAGCGGCUGCAUGGGAUCUUUGUCCCAUCGAUGCCGAGGAGUCAUACCUGGCUGUAGCGGAGCUUCUGAAGGAAGAGGCGGCGAACCAGCUGGCGGCUUCCAAUCCCAAGGACAAAAAGAAGGGCAAGCCGCCCCCCCCGGUCGACACCACGGGCGCUGGGCCGGAGCUCAAGGGCCUCAGGGGCCAGGCCCUGCCAGAAACCGUGGUGCGCCUGGUGGAUGCCAGCAAGGCGGUUGUUCCUGCAGAAGUCGGAAGGCGUUUCCGCAUUACCAUGUACAAGGAGCGCAGGGGUUCGGAGGAUCCAGAAGAAGUUCUGCGAAGGCCAGUGAAUUUCGGCGACCUGAGGCAGACGUAUGUUGAUCCUUUGGAUGAGGCAGAUGCACCAAAAGCUGCACCCAAGAAGGGUGGCAAGUCUUCGCCGGUGCCCGAUGAGGACGCUGAGCCUCCCAAUCCGGGCGUUGAAGCGCUGGAGGGCCGCAUCGAAGAGGGCGGCCGGAGUAUCAUUGGAGGUACUGACGAGUGGCUCCUCCCCGUUCACCUGCAGCCUGCGCUGUACUGGUUGAGGUUGGAGGACGUGACGGAGCUGGAGGGGAGUAUCUGGCCACGGCUGGAGCCUCUAGAAUUACCCUUCCGUGUGGAGUGA